GACCCAACGGAUCCCAAAAUGAAUCCGUUGAACCCGCAGGGCUUGAAACCGUGCUGUGCGUGCCCACAGACAAAGUCGGCUCGUGAUGACUGUUUCCUCAACGCCGGUGUGGAAGCCGACGAAAAAUGCAGAGAGCUUGUUGCAAGUCAUAUAGCCUGUAUGCAGGGAUUGGGAUUUAAAGUCUGA